AUGAGCAAGCAAGGAAUAGCUGUGGAUCCUGCUAAGGUAGAAGCAGUAAUGAAUUGGGAGCGACCAACUUCAGUGACAGAGAUCAGGAGUUUCCUAGGAUUGGCGGGGUAUUAUUGGAGAUUCAUUAAGGGAUUUUCACAGCUCGCCUUACCUUUAACUAAGUUAACUAGGAAGAAUACGCCUUUUAUCUGGACUUCAGAGUGUGAGGAGAGUUUUCAAGUAUUGAAGCAAAGAUUGACUACUGCACCCGUGUUGGUAUUGCCUGAACCAAGUGAACUGUUUGAAGUGUAUUGUGAUACAUCAUUAAAGGGAAAAGCGAACGUUGUGGCGGACACCGUGAGUCGGAAGCCUUUGUAUGCAGCUUGGAUGAUGCUGCGAGAAGAAGAGUUACUAAAAGCAUUUCAAGGUUUGAAACUGGGAGUUAGGAAAGAAUCUGGAAUUUUGUGUUUGAGUCAGUUACAAAUUUCAAGUGACUUUAAAUUAGAACUUCUGAAGGCUCAUCGAGAUGGUGAAGCAUUACGUAAAGUAUUGCCAGUGAUUGAGCAAGGAAAACAGUGGAGAGUGUCAGAAGAUAAGAAUGGUUUAUGGAGGUUCAAGAACCGAAUUAUUGUUCCAGAUGUCGGAGACCUGUGGCAAGAGACCGUCGGGAACCCUUCAGCUUUUAGAGAUUCCACAAUGGAAAUAGGAGAGUAUUGUAAUGGAUUUUGUGACAGGUGCACAAUGGAAGAAUUGGCUCGAAUGUACAUCAAAGAGAUUGUCAGAUUGCAUGGCGUUCCUUCUACCAUUAUAUCUGACAGGGAUCCUCGUUUCAUAUCAAGAUUCCAGGGAGUCUUUCAGCAUGCAUUUGGGACUCAGUUAAGUUUGAGUACUGUAUAUCACCCUCAGACAGAUGGUCAAUCAGAGAGAACUAUCCAGACUUUGGAGGAUAUGCUAAGAGCUUGUGUCUUAGACCAGCCAGCGAGCUGGGAUCGAUGCAGGUCAAAAGGCACCUCACUAGGCGUCUGGACUUCUGAAGCGAAGUAG